AUGACGAGGAUGGAGUUGGCUCAAUACAGGUUAGCCUUUCGUCCAGAACAAGCCAAGGCUCUUCCUCCUGAACCAUUGCUAGAGGGAUUAGAUCUAAGGUCGAUUGGAUUUAAUGCUCUCCACUUUGGUGGUAGACUGUUUCAACAGUACGUCGUGGACACAUACAUCCGUGUUGAACGUGAUCGUAUUCAGUGGAUCAAAUAUAACCAAAAGAAACUUCAAGCUGAUCAGUAUGCAGGAGUAACACAUUUUCUAAAUGAAUUGGCUGAAAAGAAAAAUGCUACAGUUGCUGAAAAACUGAUUUUACCAUCAUCUUUUCCCGGAUCAACGAGAUAUUUCACUGAACACUUUGAAGACGCUAUGGCAAUUGUCCGAAGGUUUGGCUCUCCAGACUUUUUUAUCACAAUAACGUGCAGUCCAACAUGGCCAGAAUUAAAAGAAGCUGCAUGUAUUGAGCUCUCUGAUGGUUCUAAACUACAACAGUUCGCCCAAGAAAGACCUGACAUUGUGGCUAGGGUAGCCAAAUUGAAAUUUGACAGCAUAGUUGAAGAUAUCAGUAAGAAACAGAUUUUUGGGAAGUCUUCUGCUUUUGUUUACACUAUAGAAUUUCAAAAACGAGGAUUACCCCACCUACAUCUUCUUGUCAUCAUGGCAAAUGAAGACAAACUCCGGUCUCCAGAGGAAGUAGACACUUUCAUUUCGGCAGAAAUUCCUAAUGAUGACCCAGUUCUAAGGGAGUUGGUCCUCAAAUGGAUGAUUCACAAUCCAUGUGGCGAACUUAAUCCGUCUGCGUCAUGUAUGGAGAAUAAGGGUGGAUCAGCUAAAUACCGCUUUGGAUUCCCCAAAGCUCAUCAAGAGUUUACGUCAAUUGUUGACAACAAAAAACCGAAUUACAAGAGACGGUAUGACCCACAACUGGAUCCAAAUAACCCAGAAUUUUCUCACGUCCAUGCGGUGUACCGCAAAAACAGUGAUGGACAAAAAGUUACACGGGACAAUAGACAUGUUGCUCCAUACAAUGGCUAUUUACUGAAGAAAUACAUGUGCCACAUAAAUAUCGAGUAUGUUGGUAGUGUUAGAGCCGUUAAGUACCUCUAUAAAUACAUUUAUAAAUGGCAUGACUGCGCAAAUGUAAAAAUUGUUGAAAAUGUGGCCCGAAUAAUGUAUAAUGAAGCAGAAACAUUUGUUGAGGCACGUUAUAUUUCGCCCCCUGAAGCAUGUUGGAGGCUGGCUGGAAAUGAAAUCCAAAGGAAAAGCCAUUCGGUGCAACGUUUGGACAUCCAUCUAGAAGGUCAGUACCGUGUGGGAAACAUUGAACAGACACAAGAAGAUGUAGCGGACACUGGCCUGAAAGGGUCCACCUUAGAGGCGUACUUUAAACACAACUCUAAACUUCACAUAGAAGAAGAGAAUGGGAAUGAAGUAAUCUACUACUUCUACUGGCAGAUGCCAGAAAAGUACAAAUGGUUAGGCAAAACAAGUGAAUGGGUGGUACGACAGCGAAGCUCAAAAACGAUUGGAAGGAUCCACACUGUGAACUUGGUGGCCCAACCUGAACUUUUAUCACUUAAGAAUGCUCCUCUUCCAUACCAAAGAUGCCAAAAGUUUUGA